GUGUGUGUGGGAGAUAUGUGGAAAGCCUUCUCUUCUGAGACUUUGCUUCCUUCCCACAGUCCAGUCAACAGGUGGCCUGUCGCCAUGCCAGGUGCUGACAUGAUGACAUCUAGCAAGGCAGCCGACGUAAGCAACAAGUCUGAAAACGGUGUCUGCAAAUCCCUUGAAAGGACCAAGCUUGCAAGUUACUAUAACACAAACACCGUGAAGGAAUUAGAAAGACUUUGGUUUGGGUCUUCAAGUGAAAAUUUUUCUGAAGGUGCCAGGUUCACCCUUAGUCUAGGACCUAAAGCUCAACAAGGUUCCUCUGUGGUGAAAAGCCCAUUGAAAUCACUGGAGAACUUGAUGCUGGAUCCAAAGCUAGACUGCUUUCGGCAGAACAUGCUGAGUCCCAAAAUGACUAUCAGCGACCCAUCGGUGGAUCUUAAUGUCACGGAGAGCAGCAACAUCAUAAGGAGGCAGAUAGGAAGCACUCAGAAUUUACAGUCACCUGGGAAAAUUGGUUUGAGGAAUAAGCCCUUCAGUAUCAAAGACAAGAUUUCUGAAUGGGAAGGGAAAAAGGAAACACCUUCUCCUCUGGGCAGUCGUAAGGAAGAAGAGCAAGGAGUUAAAGAGGAGCACAAGGUGCCCUGUGUGGUGCAGAAGAUGAGCGGGGGGGAAGUUUGGGGGCCUAAGAAAGUAGACACCAAGAGGCUUAUCACCUGGGAGUUGGACUGCAAAGGGGCAGGCAAAGAGAACGAAAGAAAAGUGGGCGCAUCAAAGGGCGUGGGGCAGGGAACAGAGAGGAAAGUGGAAAUGCAGGCAAAGGAAGAGGAGCUCGAUUCCAGUGUUGGAAAAUGCAAGGAGGUGAAAGGGGGUAAGUGGGAUGUCCAGAAAGAGAACCUGUCAGUACUGAAUCAGGUCAAAAAAUUGGAGCAGGCCUUGAAGGAAGGAUCAGCAGAACUGCAGCCACAGCUGCCAGGUACUUAUUAUUCCCCACACAGUCUGCAGGAGAAAGCAGAAGAGGCACAGACCUCCCCAGAGGACCAGGAAGGUGUGUGUGGCGCUGAACUCAGUCAGAGGCUCCUCAGCUUAGACAUGGAAAUCAGCGAGCCCAUUUUUGGGACUCUGGAAGAAGUGAAAGCAUCUCAAAUGAAAUGCAAGGAUCGCAGUAUGGAGAACGUGUACACGGAACCAGGGGUCCCAGAGAAGAAACCCUUCAUCAACCCACUUCCAAAGCCCAGGCGGACUUUCAAACAUGAGGGGGAAGAGGGAUGGAUUCCGGCAGCUAGAAAUAAGAGAAACUUGCCCCCUCUGCCAUCUAUACCUCCCCCUCCUCUGCCUUCUUCUCCUCCCCCAUCAGCUGUCAGCAGAAGACUAUGGAACGGGAAACAUAAGAAUAAUGCUGACCACAGGAAGUCUUAUGAGUUUGAAGACUUGCUGCAGUCGUCGUCCGAGAAUGGCAGGGUGGAUUGGUACGCUCAGACCAAGCUGGCCCUGACACGCACUUUAUCUGAGGAAAACAUCUAUGAAGACAUUUUGGAUCCACCAUCAAAGGAAAACCCUUAUGAAGACAUUGAGAUGAACAGCCGCUGCCUGGGGAAAAAAUGUGUCCUGACUUUCCCAGCAUCCCCCACCUCUUCUGUACCUGGCACGCCCACCAAGUUGCUUUCCAAACCCAUUUUCUUUCGACAAAACUCAGAGCGGCGGAGUUUCAAACUGCUGGACAUAAGGAAACUGAGCCGUGACGGAACAGGGUCCCCUUCUAAAAUCAGCCCCCCCUCUACUCCAAGCAGCCCAGAUGAUACUUUCUUCUCUGUGGGAGAUUCUCAGAAUGGCAAGAGGAGACGGAAAAUUCCCAAGCUGGUAUUGAGAAUCAACGCCAUUUAUGAGGCCCGAAGGGGAAAGAAGCGUGUCAAGAGGCUGUCCCAAUCUACGGAGAGCAAUUCAGGGAAAGCUACAGAUGAGAACAGUGAAUCGGAUAGUGACACUGAAGAGAAACUGAAAGCUCACAGCCAGCGGCUCGUGCAUGUGAAGUCCCGCCUGAAGCAAGCCCCCCGGUACCAAACCUUGGAGCGGGACUUGAUCGAGUACCAAGAGAGGCAGCUGUUUGAAUACUUCGUCGUGGUAUCACUGCACAAGAAACAGGCUGGGGCUGCAUAUGUCCCAGAAGUCACCCAACAGUUUCCAUUAAAGCUCGAGCGUUCCUUUAAAUUCAUGCGAGAGGCAGAGGAUCAGUUGAAAGCCAUUCCCCAGUUUUGCUUUCCUGAUGCUAAGGACUGGGCACCCAUCUACCAAUUUGCCAGCGAGACCUUCUCCUUUGUCCUGACUGGUGAGGAUGGGAGUAGACGGUUUGGAUAUUGCAGAAGGCUACUGCCCAGUGGGAAAGGGAAGCGUCUCCCCGAAGUUUACUGCAUCGUGAGCCGCCUUGGAUGCUUCAACCUCUUUUCGAAGAUCUUGGAUGAGGUUGAGAAAAGACGUGGGAUUUCCCCAGCUUUGGUGCAGCCCCUCAUGAGAAGUGUCAUGGAGGCUCCUUUCCCUGCGCUGGGACGGACUAUCACAGUCAAGAACUUUCUCCCAGGCUCAGGGACUGAAGUAAUUGAGCUGCGGCGGCCUCUGGACUCGAGACUUGAGCAUGUUGAUUUUGAGUCCUUGUUCUCCACUCUCAGCGUCCGGCACCUGAGCCGAGUGUUUGCCUCCCUGCUUCUAGAGAGAAGAGUGAUCUUUAUAGCUGACAAACUCAGCACCCUGUCGAAGUGUUGCCAUGCCAUGGUGGCUCUUCUCUACCCCUUCACCUGGCAGCACACCUACAUCCCUGUGCUGCCACCUUCCAUGAUUGACAUUGUGUGCUCACCAACCCCCUUCCUGAUUGGCCUGCUCACCAGCUCGCUGCCUCGCCUCAAGGAGCUACCAGUGGAAGAGGUCCUUGUGGUUGACCUAGUUAAUAACCGGUUCCUCAGACAGAUGGAGGACGAGGACUCCAUCCUGCCUCGGAAGCUGCAGGCGGCGCUAGAGCACAUCCUGGAGCAGAGGAACGAGUUGGCUAGUGACAAGGAGGAGGUUCCUCUGAAUGGCAAACACGAGUCCAGCCCCUUGAACGAAGUGGUGUCGGAAGCCUUCGUUCGUUUCUUUGUGGAGAUCAUGGGCCACUACUCCCUUUUCCUGAUCCCCACUGAGCGAGAGGAGCGAACCCUGCAGCGGGAGGCCUUCCGCAAGUCCGUCUCCUCCAAAAGCCUUCGACGCUUCCUGGAGGUCUUCAUGGAAACCCAGAUGUUUGGGGGCUUCAUUCAGGAACGGGAGCUGAGGAAACAGGGCGUCAAAGGUCUGUUUGAGGUACGUGCCCAGGAGUACCUGGAAACACUCCCCAGUGGGGAGCAGAGUGGAGUCAAUAAAUUCCUGAAAGGACUCGGGAGCAAAAUGAAAUUCCUCCACAAGAAAUAAAAGCCACAAGCACUGUUGUUCCAUGGAAUAGAAGGCGUUUACCAUUCCGCAGAAACAAGAUGAACUGUUACCCACCAUUCCCACUUAGCCAACUCCCACGGGGGGAUAGCCCUGGCUGCUGGAGGCAGACAGGCCUGGGUUUGCUCGUGUGUGAAAGCAGCCCAAUGACCUGAAGUGAUGGCGGUAGAGCAGCCUGGGGAGAUCUGUGGACUCCUACAGUAACAUGCACUGGACCAAGCACUCUGAACUCUGCAUUAGCAUUUUACAGACCUUCACACGGAUUUGAUUUCGUAGUUUUAAAACUUUUUAUUUCUAUUUAUAUUGGGGUUAGGAAGCAUAUUAACCAUUGACACAUGCCCUGCCUCCAUUCUGAGUGGCACUCUUGGAUGUGCUAAUGAGGACUGGGGAAAAGGUUGUAUUUCCCUGGACUGAGAACGAAGGACAGAAGUAGGGGGGAAAUAGAGGAGACAUGAAAAUAGGUCUUGACACACACAAGGAUGCAGAGGACUGCAGGGAUGCCAAAGGACACGGGCAGGGUGUACUUACAAAUGAGGAAAGGAGGUGGAAGGGGAACCACUAAACCUACUGAGAACUUGAUAUGCCAGCCAACGAACUGACCAGUUUGCUCUGCAAGGAGGCUGUGUCACUGGCCUCAUGGAGAGGCCUUUCCUUGUAUUGUCUAAGUUGAGAACCUUACACCAUAUAAUUAAAAGCGAGUGGCGUAAAAAGAAAAUGUGUUGGGGAUUUUCGAUGAGAAAUAUUGAUUUUUUUUUUAACUUGCUGUAUAGAUUUGCUUUUAACCUUUUGCCUCAUUUUGUAUUUGGUCCAGCAGAGCCAUCUAGUGGUCAAAUACAAUGGUUGUUUAUCCAUCCAUCCACUCUCCCUCUACCCACACACUGAUGCCCAGUCUUUCUGUUACAAUGCUCUUAUGUCUCUCACAUUCAUAUAAUGCCCACCAAGAGCUUUUGAGCAUGAACUCAGCCCAACAUACGAUCCCCUGGAAACAGGCUUCCAGAAGUUCAAGUGAGUUACCCUUUUCCAGACCCCAACUUUGACCAGGGAUCAGCUCAGGCGCAAAAUAGGGCUCAGCCCAUGCUAAAACCCUUCUGCAUUGACAAGACAUACAUUAUCUGCUGUAGUUAGCUUGGGAUGCUGAUGAAUUCCUGAAUGGUUCUUGCAUUUUACAUGGGAUCUGACUUCAUGUUCGAUGAAAAGUUACCAUCUUUAAUUUAGGUGAUUAAUUAUGAAGUGCUCCACAGAGCUUGAUUGGCAGUGGUAGCAUGGUGGGUUGAGGCUGAUGGUGCACCUGGAGAGAACAGCCAACUGUGUCCAAGGCAAAUGGAGAGUGUUAGGACUCAGCUUUGGAAGGUGGUCUAUUCUGAUGUUAAAAUUUGUGUUUCUUUAGGUGGGUCACUGUCAAACCCUCUUUCAUGACCUCGUUCAUUCCUGGUCCAAUAGAGUAUAGCAGCUUCCUACGGCACCCAGCUAACGAGGUGACACCUUUUGAAGACAUGGUAGAGAUCUGUGCUGCAACACUGAAAAAUUUUUGCGCAAACUCUGCUGAGCUUUCCUGUGGUAGCGCUGCACAGGGCUUUGGUUCACGCUGGACUCAGCUCCUCCUGGUAGUGACCAGACCCAGAGGGUCUUGAGCUUUCCCAGGACUCUGGUCAAGCCAGAAUUGGUGGGGGCAGGAAGGAAAUUGCCAGCCAUGCUGUUGGUGAGCUCUGUGCUCUGAUGAGGCACUAGUUCUUUGCACAACACUGAGAGAUCCCUGCCGAGGGGAUGGGGGAAUAAAAGAGCAGUGGGGCUGUGAGAGGAAACACAGGGAGAGGUUAGCAGAAGGGGAACACGUAAAAGGCUGAUGGACGGGCAGCAGAGGUGACGAAACCAGCUACCGCCUGGCACCUGCCCGCACUGAGUCGUCGCCACAGCUUGCUGUGUGCUGCCAGUGCCAGCCAGAAAUGGGGAUAAGGGUCAGGGUCCUUCUGGCUAAGAGCUGGCUCACAGUGGAAGCUACCCAGAUCAGGAGGAGUGGCCAGCCCCAUAUGCUGCAACUUCGUCCUGCCACCAGCCUUACUCACCCACUGUCAUUGUCAGCCACUAGACACCUCCCCCUCCCCCCCCCAGCACAUUGACCACUGGUGGCUGGGCAGAUAGUGAUCACGUAUCGGGCCAGCAGCAGGACCCACGAAUACUAACAGGGGAGACAG